AACUUGACAUUCUCCAAAGAACAAAGACCCCCCUACCCCCACCCCCCUACCCCAACCAUAUUCACAUAAAAAUCUACAUAUACAUACCUCAAAAGAAACACAAAAACAUAUAUAUAUAUGGCUGACUCUUCUCAAAAUCCCACCAAAUACUCCAGCCAACUAAAUCAACAUCCGGCCUCAAGUGAAAUUACUAAAAUACCCUUCCGACUUAUUCCUCAACCGCUUCCGCCACCGCCGCCACCACCACCAGUACCACCACAGCCACAAAUUCAAACAACUCACAAUUUGGUAGAGACAAUUUCAUCAUCACCAAGUCCAUCAUCAAAUAUUGGUAUAUCAACAAGCCCAAAAAUAGUUCAACAACCAAAUAUCAUUAUUCCAACUAUAACAACAAUGAGUUCCACCUCAUCAGGCGGCUCGGGCUCAAGCCCAGGCCGCCCGACAGGUGGCAAACAUGCAGUAUUUCGAGGAAUACGAUGCAGAAGUGGUAAAUGGGUGUCCGAAAUUCGAGAGCCACGUAAGACAAGAAGAAUAUGGUUAGGUACUUACCCUACACCUGAAAUGGCUGCUGCUGCAUAUGAUGUUGCAGCAAUGGCUCUAAAAGGAAGUGAUGCAAUAAUAAAUUUUCCAAAUAAUAUUAAUUUGUAUCCUUCACUACCUCCUUCGCCAUCAGCGGCAGAUAUAAGAAAAGCUGCCGCUACCGCGGCCGCACUAAUGAAGGUAGAAACUGGAGAAGCCACAUCAGGAACAACUCAGCCAGGAACCGAUGAUCAAUCUUCGGAGAAUAUGCAUAUGAAUAUUGAAACGAAGGAUCAUGAAUACAUUGAUGAAGAAGCAUUAUUUGAUAUGCCCAAUUUGCUAGUUGAUAUGGCGGAGGCAAUGAUGGUGAGUCCACCAAGAAUGGACUCGCCGCGGUCCGAUGAUUCACCGGGAAAUUCUGAUGCAGAAAGUCUAUGGAGCUAUUGAAAAAAAUAAUCCAAAAGAACCAUAUAUAGAUCAUGUUAUACAUGUAUAUAUGUGAUCAAAGAGAAGAGUACUAUUAGUUUCUAUUGAAGCGGGAUAAUGAUUUUCACAAUAUGGUGAAGUAAUUAUAAAGUUGGAAAAAUUAGGGUUUUUGUUUAUGAGAAUGGAGUAUAUUUUGUACUCCAUAUUCUUUGCGUUUGAGAUAUCGAUCGAUCAUGUUGUGAGAAAAUUUAAAGAUCGUCUCGUAAAAUUUUCUGCGAAGAAUUUUUUUUUUUCUUGCCAAUGUUAUCAUCAGUGUUUUCAUCAUAGCUUUUUAAAUUAUGUAAUUUUAAUUUCAAACUUGCACUACAUAACAUUUUUUCUUGAGUCAA